UCAUGUGUCCGAUGGGGAAGAUGUAGAGGGUGACCUGCCUAGUGUCAGGGUCAGAAGUGACUCUGCCCCUGAGUCUGCAAUCAGGAUGAGGGGGCGCUCUCCCCCCGCGCCCACCGCCACUCCUGCGCACGGCAUUUUAAAGAAGCGCGGCGCACACUCACCUGCACGCUUCGACCAAAUGGACAGCGAACUGGGCGCAAUCUUGAGAUCUCGGCGGUCAUUAGGCCCCGGUGACGCUGAGGCGGAGUCCCCCAACAGCACCCCUAUGCGGCCCGUUAGUCCUUCCCUCGUGGCUCUCACCAAAAGGGAGGACGCCACAGUGGCCCGGUCAGGGGAGCGACCUCUGAGUGUAGCUGAACGCGUGGCGGGCAUGGAAGCCGCUCGACAGGAGCCAGUUCGACCUCCUGCGCCGAGAUCCCCAACGCCCACUCGCAGUCCAGGGGCACGACCCAAGGUCACAUCUGCCUUCCUAAACAACAUCAGGACACCGGAGACUGAAAGAGAGAGUAGGCGAAACGGAGCCUACAGCUUGGUGGCAGAACCAGCAUCAACAGGGGAGAGUGCCGAGGCCAUCAACGAAGCAUUUUUGGACCGUCCAGUGGUAGAGGCCUUCAACAGUGCCAUGACCUCCAGCCUUGACUCCACGCCCGACACCCCGUCCUCUGUUUCACAGAGAGCUGCAUUCUUUGCACAGUUGGAGCGUGAGCAGAAGAAACCUGGAGAUACGAGCUCAGGAUCUACUCGUUCCACACGCUUUGGAAGUAGAAGAGAACGAGGAACAAGGCACGCAACUCAACCUGUGACAGAGGAUGAGGUGAGUCAGGCAGCAAGAAUGGCUGACGCUUCUGACUCUGCAUCAGCCUCUCACGACUCGGACUGCACACCAGCACGAAGAGAAUCACUGCCAUGGAUGGGUGGCACCACAGGAGGCUCUAGUAGCAGUCAGGAUGAAAAACACAAGACCUGGGACAGUAACAGUGUGGGGGCACGUGUGGCCCUUUGGACCCGCAUGUUGGAGGAAGAGCGCAGACCAGCAGCUCUCCCCACCGACAGUGUUCAGGGUUCACGUCGGCGUUCCCGAUCCACUCGCUUCAGAACACAGCCAGUUACCAUGGAGGAGGUGGCCCAUGCACACGCCCUUAACAACCACCAGGCUGUGACCCCCCCAACUGCAGGAACCCCCACUGAGGAGCAGGACCUAGCGAGUGGAUUCCGAGCAGCUCGUGAAGCUGUGUUACGGAACGCUGGGGAGGUCCUCCAGGGCUUGACUCCUGGCUCCUCACCCAGAAGACGAGCAGGCAGUAGGAAGACCUCCUUCAAUGAACCUGAGGAGGACAACUCUUCCGAUGGAGUCAGAGGUAUCCUGAAGCGAGAGAGCUCGGGAGGAUCGCGUGACGGCCAGCGGGACAGUCCUCGAUCCAUCCUCAAGCACCACCACUCCUCCUCGUCCGCGGACUCGCGCCGAGCGUCCUUCUCCGAGUCUGAGAGCCACCCGAGAGGUAUCCUCAAGGCGGAGAGUCCUCUGCCGCCCCCCGUGGGAUCCCCGGAGCACGAGGCCAAGCUCCUCAGGGGCGUUUUGAAGAAGGAUUCCAGUUUGGAGGACUCCAAGGAGAUCAAAUCCAUCCUUAAGCCUGAAUCAGAGUCCUUAGACCCUGAUCACUCCUCAGACUCCUCCUCAGAUGACGUGACGCUGACCACUGCCAACACCCCGCAAGGCCAGGAGUGCGACCUCGCCGAGGCCAUCCGGGAAAUCGACCCCAUUCGUCACAAAGAAGAGCAGCACAAGUCGGACUCCUUCAAGUCCGAGCACCACCGCGUAGACCUGGCCGAGGCGCUGCGGCAGGUGGAGCCCAUCAAGGCCAAGGAUGACCUGGCCGAGGCCCUGAGGCAGAUCGAGCCCAUCCGCGCCAAGGACAGGAGCCGCGAGAGGGACGACCGAGCCAAGGAAGACGCACAAACCGCAGUCACAAAGGAGUUAAACUCGUCCAAGAAAUUAACGUCCAGCAUGAUGACGACGACGAUGGUGGCCACCUCGAGCGUGGGGUCGCCGCCCUCCUCAUCCUCGUCCAAUUCGGAGAACGAACUCAAGGUCAUCAAGAACGAGGCUGUGAUGAGGCGGAGGACGGCGCACUCCAGGAGAUACGACGAACGGUGAGUACUGCC